AUGGUAUUUGUCUGCACUGUUCGUCAAGCUGCACUGGGCGGGCGAACAGUGAAGACAGUUUCACCCUGUUUAGCUCAAGAGGCAGCAGAAAAGGCAACUCGUCCUAAGUCAGGCAACUCGGCUCCAACCAGGCAGCCACCAGAGGGCGCCUGCACCUUGGUAGACAGGCUGGAGGCACAGUGGGGCUUCAGAGCGGUUCCCAGGCUGCACCAAAGUGGGAAGGGUCCCGGGCGUGACUCCACGCACAGGGCAGGGCGGGCUGCUGCGCGUUACUUACCUACGAGGAGCUCAGUCAAGCCCCAAAUCUGCAACUCUUCGUUCACAUUGUGUGAUCGUUCAGAGGCACAGAGCUUUGGUCUACUGGAUCCCAAGCUCUGCUACCUGCUAGAUGGAAUCCUCUUCAUCUAUGGAGUCAUUGUCACUGCCCUGUUUCUGAGAGCAAAGUUCAGCAGAAGUGCAGACGCUGCCGCCGCCUACCAGCAGGGUCCCAACCAGCUCUACAACGAACUCAAUCUAGGUCGAAGAGAGGAGUAUGAUGUUUUGGAUAAGAAGCGGGCCCGGGAUCCUGAGAUGGGAGGCAAACAGCAGAGGCGAAGGAACCCCCAGGAAGGCGUAUACAAUGCAUUGCAGAAGGACAAGAUGGCAGAGGCCUACAGUGAGAUUGGGAUGAAAGGAGAGCGACGGAGAGGAAAGGGGCAUGAUGGACUUUACCAGGGGCUCAGCACUGCCACCAAGGACACUUAUGACGCCCUCCACAUGCAGACCCUACCCCCUCGCUAACAGCCAGAGACAUUCCCACUCACAGGCCUCACCCACUGACACCAGAUUGUGAUUGUGAAGGACACAGGGAAAAGCAUUUACGGUCCGGAUCAUGUGGUUCACAGCUACCAGUAUCCUCUUUGGAUGCUUCAAGUCACAUUUGGUCCUCUCCAAUUCUAAACAGCCAUGCACAGAGUAUCUUCCUUGGACUCUUAAAAGGAAAAUACUCCCUCUCCCUGGCCCAACUGUCUGGUCUAAUGGUUUGCUGGUGGCUAUAGGCAGCCCCUCCCCCUGCACACCAUGGCCUGGGAACCAGCGUCCUCCUCCCAGUUGGGCUGUUCAGUGUUUUGUACAUUCCGGAGAAGCCCCUGCGCACGCGCGCUGUGGUGCUCUGUCACUAUCGGGUGGCCUUACUCCUGCUGUAAAUCUGGCUUCUGUUGUCAUCCUUCCCUUGUGAUCGGGACACAGCGUGAACAGACUGGACAGAGGGGAGGGUGGGACCCCAGGCAAGUGUCAUGGUCACUGGAGGCUGAAGAAGGGACAUGGCAAGUAGGGAAGGUCCCUGCACAGGAGCUUCCUUCUGUCAGGAAUACCUCCCCAGACACUCCAGGCCCAGAAGCUACCGUCCCCUCCUGGAGCCCACACUGAGGGCAAAUGAACUGUGCAUAAAGAAAACAGUACCCCAUGAGGAGCAGAGCACAGGUGCAUGAGGCAACAGGCCAAGGCCAGCCUUCUUGCCAGGAAGUUGGUUCACCAACAUUUUGAGCAGAAGGAAGACCUGGACCGCCCAGGCCUGCACAGCGGUGGCACAAUGGGAGAAUCGCAGUCAGGACUAUGACCGCAUGGUGUCGUCACAGCAUUCACGACCAUGGAUGGAAAACCCUCU